AUGCGCCGUCGCGUCUGCAUUUUCCUCACGUCCAUCGUGCUGUUCGCGUGGGCGACGACGAACGAUUUGUUGAGGCAACCGGAUGUCGAUAUCCAAUACGAAGCCGACACCGACAUUUAUAAUGUGACUGUUGAAGAAGGAGCAUCAAGAAGGCUGACCGAAUUCCUCCUGAAAAAGCAUCACCCUUGUGCUCCACCGGAUGGUCGCCUCAUCGUUGAGUACGAGCUGGAGAUUGUUCACAUUUUAGGAAUCGACGAGCUGAAGCAGACGAUGACCGUGCUCGUCUACGUGGACGAGCGGUGGAACGACAAGACGUUAUCUUGGGAUCCUGCCGAAUUCGGGGGCAUUGAGAAGACGUGGCUCCCUCUCGAGAAAAUCUGGGUGCCCGACAUCAUCAUUUUCAAUAUGCUGGACCACGAGGAUCUGCUGACCGCUGUACGAGCACCCGGGCUCAUCUACUACAACGGGACCGUGGAGACGUCGAAGCCGUUCGUGUCUACAGUAUCCUGCGAGAUCCACAUCGAGCACUUCCCCCUCGACGACCAAAACUGUUCUUUGGAGAUCGCCUCGUGGACGUACGGCAAGGACAAAAUCAAGCUCCACGGGCACAAGGAGCACGCAACGGACCACUAUACGCAGAAUGAGGAGUGGAAUUUGUUGAGGGUGCACGUCGUCGAGCAGGAGUUUGACCACGAGGGGAUCAACGUUUCUGAGAUCAAAUACGAGAUUCACGUGAAGCGGAAGCCGCUGUUUUACAUGGUGACCCUCACCUUCCCCUCCUACAUCAUGUGCGCCAUUUCCGUAGUCGGACUCUACGCAAGAUUCUCAACCACUGGAGAGCGAGAGGAGCGCUUCACCCUCGGAGUCACUGCCAUCCUGACCAUGGCCGUGUUGUCGCUCGUAGUUUCUGAGAAAGUACCACAUUCGUCUACUGAUGUUCCUCUGCUCGUUGCCUACUUCCUGUUCAACAUGGUCGUGGUGUCAGUGGCGGCGAUGACGACGGGGAUCGUUAUGAGGGUGCACCGAAUGGGGCGUUACGGUAGAGAACCGCCGGCGUGGCUCGUCUACAUCUUCUUGUUAAGGCCAAACAAAUAUUCGCGAAUCCGCCGCUGCCCUUCUUCCCCACUUCAUCAGGUCGUCGUUCCGGAGCGCAACGGAACAACCGACGUGACGCAGAAGAAGAUCCGGCUGAUCGAGACGUUUAUAAAGCGAUUGAUCGAGGCGUGUGAGCAUAUACAGGCCCAAAUGGACGAAGUCGACGUCGUUGAGCACGUCUCCAGCCGACGUCGCCAAGAAGGGAACGGCUUCGUAAAUGGCACCGAUGAAACGGCAGAAGAAGAGCACCACGACGACCACGACGACGACGACGAGACUCUAGAUUCGGCAGAGCCGGUCGGACGUCGAAAUGUCCAUUUCAACGUGGGAGGAGGUGCUGCCGGGGAGGAUGAGCGGAAGACGACGGAUACGGUACACGAGGGGCAGCACACGCUGAAUCAGAAGAGCUGGAGAAACAUUGCUACCCUCGAGCACCCGCCAAUCAUCGAUUUCUACCGGGAUUCCAUCGAUGCCGUUGACGUCAAUAGGCCCUCAAUGGCACAAUUAAUCCAUGGUCAUGGAGAGCAGCCAGUUCACGAGGAGAGCCUGGAAAUUGAUCAGUUUAAAGAAGAAGCGCUUCACGUCCUCGACCAACAUCCGCCUAUUGAUGAACCCGGCAGGGAGGAGGACAAAGAGAAAAUCGAGAAGUUGAAGGCACCAGAUCAAGGAGCGGGCAGAAAGAAAUUUGGUUGGAUUGAGGGCGUGUUCGUUCGGUGCUUGCUGAGCAUCUUCGGCGUCAUCCUGUACCUGCGUAUUUCCUGGGUCACCGGGCAAGCGGGAAUUGUCCUCGGAAUCCUGAUCGUGCUCCUCUCCACCCUCGGGCGGCGCCUAUUUUCUGAUCUCCCGCUCACUUGGGCCGGACACGCGCUGACGAGCCCACCGGUGCAGGAAUUUUUGGAUAUGUUGAGCGAGCUCAACUUUAUCCGAAUCGUCGCCAUGAUGUUCCUGCUCACCAUGGUCGCCGUAAUCUUCAUCGGAACCUCCUUCGAGUCGAAGAUCCAGAUGGGACUCCUCGUGCUCCUCCUCGCCUCCAUCGUCGACUACUUUGCUGGUGCUCUGAUCCUGGAGCCGACGAUGCACACGAAAGUGCGAGGAGCAACUGCUUUGAGCAUGCGAACCUUCCUGGCAAAUCUGACUCCUCAAUUUGGCGAGAAGGAGAACUUCUUCACCGUGUUUGCCAUCUACUUCCCGGCCGCUACUGGAAUUAUGGCUGGGGCGAACAUUUCUGGAGAUUUGGCGAAUCCGCAGAAAGCCAUCCCUCUCGGCACCCUCCUGGCCAUCCUCGCCACCACGAUCGUCUACAUCUUCAUCGUCAUCUUCACCGGGUCCACGAACGUGCGCCAUGCUGACGGUAUUCUGGAGCCGAUGUGGGACGCCGUCGGCUUUUUCGUCCCCCCAAACUGCACGAUCGAAGAGGGAGGCUGUAAAUAUGGGCUCCUCAAUUUUUAUCAGGUGAUUGAGAUGCAAGCCCUUUUCGGGCCUCUCAUCACAGCCGGAAUCUUUGCUGCCACGCUGUCCAGUGCUCUCGGAAGUUUAGUAGCGGCUCCGAAGAUUUUCCAGGCCGUCUGCAAGGAUCGCCUCUUCCCGGGCAUCGACUACUUUGGCAAGGGCUUCGGGCGUGAUGAAGAGCCACGAAGAGCUUAUGCUCUCGUAGCCGUACUCGCUUUACUCGUCAUCCUUGUCGGCGACCUCAACGCCAUCGCCCCGAUCAUCUCCAACUUCUUCCUGGCCUCGUACGCCAUUUUGAACUACGCCUGCUUCGAUCAAUCGUUCGCCGACUCACCAGGCUUCCGCCCCGGCUUCAAAUACUACAACAAGUGGGUCUCCCUCGCCGGCUCCAUCCUGUGCGUCGUCGUCAUGUUCAUCGUCAGCUGGAUCACCGCCCUGCUGACGUUUUUCUUCUUCGCGCUGAUCUUUAUCUACCUGUGGCACCGGAAACCAGAUGUGAAUUGGGGCUCAUCCACUCAAGCUCACAGCUAUCGUAACGCGCUGGCCGGGAUGGUGAAGCUGGCUAACACGGAGGAGCACGUCAAAAAUUACAGACCCCAAUCCUCGUCC